UUACGAUAGCUUAAAACAACACUCAUUAAAUAUAUUCACAAAUUAAAAUUUAUUUAUUUUCAAAUUCACAUAAUUAGUUUUACUCAUUCAAUAAUAAUUUCACUUGGUGUCGUCUAAUCAGCAUUACAAUUCUUGUAAUCUUAAAAUUUCCGAGACAGUAUUUUUUUGCUUAAUUGCAAACAUACCUGAUUCACAAUGUCACGUUCUUUAAAUGAGAAAGGACCUACUACAGCACGUUCACAUAACUGGGCGAGAAAACUAUUCCACACGUUGGCAGAAUCAGUGUUGAUUGCAUUAUUUUUCUUCCUUUUUGUAGUCACUCUCCCUCUUUUCGUCCUGAUAGUUCUUCCCUUCUACAUUUACAAGGGCAUGGUUAUCCUUUUGGCAAAAAUAUUUCGGUCCGAUUUGGUACACAUUGUUACAGCUCGAGACAUUUUUGUGGGAUUGCGCGACGUAACGAAAAAAAGUCUAGAUGUCGUUCAUACUGUAGGUACUUAUCAUGGGGAACCGGAUAUUGACCACAUUCGGACCACUUUCCAAGCCAAAGUUAUGGAAGAAAGAGAUAUCAAGGAUGGAAAUCUGCUUUACGAAAAACUCACUUAUUUUAUGAAAUCCUGGCUUGGAUAUAGGUUUUGGAGUAGAGAAUCGAAUUUCUCGCUCCAUGAGCACAUUAGAUUUUUUGAAGACACAGAACACCUUUUAAUGUCUCAACCUGAACAAAAUGUGGUCACUGAAGAAGAUUUUCUAAAAGUUAUGGGAAAUCUUGCCACACGGCCAUUUCGUCAAGGAAUGUCACCCUGGGAAAUUUUAAUAGUUCGAAAUUUUGUCCCCUCCAAACCUAAAAUACACAUUGGGGAAGAAACCAAAAUUAACGAGGGACCUAGAUUUAUCCUAAUUUGUCGUAUGCAUCACUCCAUUUGCGAUGGUUACUGUGUUUUCAAAAUGUUUAUAAAUAAUUUGGGUGGUGUGCCAGUGACUCGAAUUUCACCAUCUUGGACCGGGACCUUUUGUUCAACUAUUAUGACCAGUUUGGGAAUGCUGGUCCUUUCCCCGUAUUAUCAGUUCAAGCAGAUCUUCCUCGACGCAGACAGAAAUAUCUGGAAGUUUUCUCCAUCUCAAAUGACGAACAAGUGGCUAACUGUGCGAUCCGAAAAAAUUCCGUUAACUGGCCUAAAAAAUAUCAGCAAGUCACGAAAUGUUUCACUGACGGCGUUAUCCAAUACGGGCUUGGGUGGUGGGAUUCGUGCAUUUCUAAAAGGAACGGACCAAGGGGACAAAAUUCCAGAAAUCAUGAGAUCCACAUUACCAUUUCAGUGGAAGACACAUCCUUUGACCGGAUUAGUUAAUUGCUGGACCUUCGGAGUUUUAACAAUCCCACUUGGACCAUGUCUUCAACACAAUCUACAAACUGCUGAACAGUCAAUUAUGAGUUUAAGAAAAUCGCCCAAUACUUCCACGAAUUUUUCACUGCCUCCAAUAGUUACGAUAGCACCAGUUUCGCUGUGCAAGAUAAUGAUAAAACCUGGAGUUACCAUGAUGUCGUCAAAUUUUCCCGGGCCGAAGGAUCCUCACCAGAGUUUCGAUCGGUAUGGACUUGACGACAUUACUUUAUGGCUACAACUGCAUCGAGAAGCUGGUGUUGCAGUUGCAUUUCUUACCUCCCUUGACAACCUACGUGUUGCAGUGACGGUGGACAAGAGGAUUAUUCCAACUCAGGAAAAGGCGGACUAUCUGGCGUUUUGUGUCAACGAAGAGUUUAAGAAUAUUUUGGAUAUGAAUCAUGUGAAUGAAAAUAUGGAGCAGGAUGAUGCAAAGAUUGUAUAGCAUAAUUUAUCAGACAAAAAAUUCAUAUUAGAUACUUAUCUGGAUAAUAUUCAUAUGUAACUAUCUAUGCUUUAUACAUAUGUAGAAUGAAGAGUUUCAUAUUCAUAUGGAAACGCUUUCUAGGUGUGACACACACGAUAAGGAAUAUAUGGAACUAACAAAGCUACAUUUCUCAUCGUGUGGGUGUGACGGUGUUUGUCUAAGAAAGAAACAUUAAAACUCUUUACAUUAAACAUUAAAAUACUUUAUUCAUAAAAUGGUUCAUGGAAGGCUGGUAUGUCUUGGUGGUAUGCAUUAAUUAUCUUGGGAGGAUCAUACAAUAAACUAUGGAUAGAUGUAUCGCACUAAACAAAUACAAAAAACUUUUUCAUUAUUUUUUACAUUUUGAAAAUGCUACAUAUUGUUUUAAAUAACUUUUAUUUAUCAUUGAUCCUUUAUUCGGUGGUAUAUGUAGACAUAUAAAUAGGUCUACAUCUUAAUUUUACCCUUGCUAAAAUUAGAUUCUAUUCGGAACACCUAUGUAAAAUAAUUUAACAUCUUAUACUUUAUGCAAGCUAAAUAAAAAUCAAUGGUUUGUACAUAUACAUA